AAAUAAAUUUGGAAAACUGAAUUCGUACGAAAACAUAAUUUCCAUGGGGUGAGUCGAAGAGAAACCAAAAGGCAAAAGGUGUCAUGACCAAAUUCAUUCAUAUGGGAGCACCCGUGUAAACGGUAAAGUACUCCGUAUUUAAUUUCUGGUCAUCGGACUAUCGGUCACUCCGCCUGAAACGACGUCAUCUCAAGUCUAUUCCUAGAAGUCCUUUACUUGCUGCUUGUUGGAGUUGUUCCUGCCUAAAUUUUGUCCUUGCCUUCCGCCAUUUCUAAUUUCAGUGCUCAUUAUUUCUAACAUACUGAAAAUACCGGAUUUUUGUAGAUAGACUGCAAAGAGUUGAAAAGCUUCGCAUCGAUUGGGAGAAAUUUGGGGGAAAUCCAUGGCCACCGAUCACUCCGACGAUUUAGACCAGCUACUUGACAGCGCUUUGGAUGAUUUCCAGAGUCUCAAUAUCGCUGGUGCUUCUCAAAGAAGUAAAGUGGGAGAAGAGAAGGGGAGUUCUAUGCCUAGCGAGGUUCAGGGUCUAGGGAUGGGAUUGCCAGAUUUGAGAGCUAAGAAAACCGGUAAGCAAAAGAAGGAAUCCAAGGCUGUGAAGGACUCGCACGCUUCUGAGGCUCUAGAUAAGCUCAGAGAGCAAACCAGGGAGGCUGUGAAGGGCUUAGAAUCGAUAAAUGGCUUGGAGCUUCCUGGUGAUCAGGAUUUGGGGAGUGAUGCAAUGAUGGAUGAAUGGGUCAAGCAGUUUGAGGAGCUUGCUGGGUCUCAGGACAUGGAGUCUAUGGUAGAGACUAUGAUGCAACAACUCUUAUCUAAAGAAAUUCUUCACGAGCCUAUGAAAGAAAUGGAAGAAAGAUACCCUAAAUGGUUAGAUGAAAAUAAAGCUAAACUGGUGAACGAAGAAUACAGCCGUUAUGAGAAGCAGUAUGAACUCAUAAAAGAGCUUAAUGUAGUUUAUGAAACUGAGCCAGCAAACUUCAACAAGAUUGUUGAGCUUAUGCAGAAAAUGCAAGAGUGUGGCCAACCGCCUAAUGACAUUGUCAAUGAGCUUGCUCCAGAUUUUGAUUUGUCAACUCUUGGUCAAUUAACCCCUGAGAUGCUUGGGGCUCAACCAAAUUGCUGCAUUACAUGAUCAAACAGGCGAAGUCUGCUUUCUCUGUCCGUUUUGCUACGGCUUUCAUCACUUCAUCUGUUAUCCUCAAAGUGACAUUGUAUCACCUCCUCUCACUUCUACUAGCUGUCGAUGAGUUGAUCAUAGAUUCAUAGUCUACUCAAAUGAUAUCAUAUGGAAUAGCAUAUAGGGGCAUAUUUGAAAGCUCCCAACCCUUGGAACCACCCCUAUCAGUCUGUAUUUAGAUUAUCACCUUUGUUGGUUUUUGUUUUACUUAUCAAAUUUAAUAAAUCUAUCAAGUAUUGAUUGAAUGAUCUUUAGCGUGUGUUUGGAUAUGAAGCUAAUUGUAUGGAAUUCUCGUAUUACUUGAAAUCUCCUAGUCC